GCUACGCGGGGCCUUUGUGCAUCAGCUGCGCGGAGGGGAGCCACUCCGCCGGCCACCUCUGCAAGCCCUGCGCCGCCGGCCCGAGGAAGCGGGCGCUGGGCGCGGCGCUGGUCUUGGGCGUCGCUGGGUUGGCCAUCGCGGGAUUCGUGUGGCGCAGGCGAGCGUCGGAGCCCGAGCCGUCGGCUGGGGUUCCGGAUGCGAAGAAGGCAGCGCUGGCGCUGCUCGUGUCCCAAGGGCCGCUGUUGCUGCAGCUGGGCCAGCUGUGGGUCGUGGUGGCGAAGCUGGGUACCACCAAAUUGGACACCAAGGCCGAGAAGGGCUUCGCGGUGGCGUUCUGGGAGCAGCCCUACGUCCAGUGGCUGCAGCUCUCCGCCCAGGGCCUCCAGGACGCGCUGAGUUUGGAGUGCUCCUACGGCUCCGCGCAGACCCGGUUCUGGGGUGCGGUGCUGUCGCCCCUGGCGCCGCUGGCGCUGCUGGCGCUCUGCGGCCUGGUGGAGCUCUUCUCCCGGAGCUCAGGUAUCAGCCUUGCGAUCAAGGCGCUCACCUUGUUCUUUAUUGGUGGCGCCACGAGCUGCGCCCAGCUCCUGAGCUGCCAAGAUACGGAUGGAGGAGGCAACCUCUUGGGGGAGCACGCCUUCCGCUUGGCCAUGCCGGAGCUGAAGUGCUCGGUGCCCAGUUGGGCCCCGGCCUGA